AUGAGUCUCAUCAGCACACCAGAGAGGAUGGAACUGAAUUUUUAUCUGGCCUCCAAAGAGACUCUUAGGCCAGUCGUCCGUGCGUUCAUGAACCAGCUGACGGCAGAAAACUGGCAGAGACUGGAGACUGGGCGUCUUGACCCAGAGACAAGUACUCGCGUGACAGCUUUGUGUGUAAAUGUUAUUGAAAUUUUGGCUCAAAGUCUGCAUGAGUCUCUCAACAGAAGACUUGAAAAACAGAAAGACUGGUCACCAGGAUCUGCUAAAUCUGUGUGUAAGGAGGACGUGCGCGAAUGUUUGGGGAACAUGGGUGAAGUCAUCGCACAGACUGUGGCAGAGGUACAGGGUGUAGGAGACAUCCACUACCCUAAGAGCGGGCGGGUGACAGAGCUCAUGGUCACAGCAGUCACAGAGAGAGUCAACUCCAGGCUGUCUAAAACAAGUGAUAGUGACGACUCGGAGGAGCACAAGACUUCCCCCACUAUUCUAAUCAAACUGAGGGGACACUUCAAGAGGAUUCUCAAAAACUGCUACGAAAGGAUGAAGACAAUGUUGCACCGAGUCAAAUCAACCUGCACUGUGCAGGAGAAGGAAGAGGUGGUGGUACCCACUCAGACCUCUGUAACUUCUCUGCAAGAAGAGAAACCAGGCAGGGCCGAGUCUACGGUCAACAAAUCCCCGACUAUUUUUCAUGUGACCAAAGAAAUCCUGGAGCAACAACUGGAAGAGAUUGUUCAUGAUGCUCAGAGUUACUCCACAGAGGAAGAAGAUAGCCUGCUUCUUUCUCAAACCAGCAAGGACUACGAGUUAUCAGAGUUAUCAUCUCAGAUUGUUGAAAAUUUUACAGAGGAUGUUCCACAGGACCUGGCUGGAUGUCACACAGAAGAUCUCUUAGGAUACCGCAGGAGAAAAGUCAUCAGGCAGAUGAGGACUGUCUUUGUCCAAACAUUUGCUCGAGGGUCAAUCCUGAGCAUGAUGUCUAAAUUCAGACGCAAGCCGGCCUCCCGUAAAGAACAGGAAGCUGUGAAAUUAGUCAAUUCACAGCUGAUUAAGAGUGUGGAUGAUCUUUUAACAGAGUUCAUUACAACAAACAAUCAGGUACCAAGUCGUGGGUCAUUAGAGGAUUGCCCCUUUGAGAAAUUAGCCAGCAUCUUUUCCGGUGACGAGCUGGAAAGUUUUGCUGAAAAGCUGAGUGACACAUUGGCCAGUCACUUGACACCACCAAAAGUCCAAGAAAAAACACACCGAGAAGAGAUUCGUGCUGGAGUAGACAAGAUCCUUAAAGAGACGAGGAAGUGGCUAAAGAAGCAGAGCCGACUGCGCAAGAUUAGGAAGGACUGUGUGAGCAUGACUCUCAAGAAGUUCAGGAGAUUUGUGCAGAAUAACCAGUCAGAUCUCAGUCCCCCCAAAACUGGAGCUGAGGAUCAGACCUGCCCCACACCUGUGCGAGAGGAGGUUCAAAGCUUCACAGCUGAGAAGGAAAAGGAAGAGGCCUGCUCAGAUGAGGAGGAGGAAGAAGAGGUCUACACAGCUGAGGAGCAAGUAGAACAGGCUCAGGUGGCAAAACCAUCUGGUCAAAACACUGAAUCUGUUCUAAAGAAGUGGGACCCACUGAUUUGCCAAAUCAUUGUGAAGAUGUUCUUACGCAAAGUCAUGAAAAAUUUCUUCCCCGAUCAGACCUACAAAUCAGCUGAAGCCAGACUGACAGACAUGCUGUAUGAAAAGAUGAGUGGUACUUCUGUUCAUGUGGAUUUGAGCCUGAAAAGCAUCAAAAAGAAAUGCAAAGCUGUGUACAAAGAAGUGCUCAAAAAUGUUGAUGCUUCAGUUCUUUGGUUAAAUCUCUUGGAAGAGGAUCAACCACUCCUUGAGGCUGUGGCUGAGGCUCUAAUGAAGCAUUUUUCAUCAGAAAGACCCAGCUCCAUCCAAAAGUUCUUCAGAUGUCUUCUCCGGACUUUCACUUCAGCUUGGACCCCCUGGGCUUCCCGCCUAACUGCAGCUUGUCGCGCAUGA